AUGGAAUUACUACAUUUAGAAGACGAUGAAUGGUUAAAGAUCAAUGUGGGUGGGAAAAUCUUUCAUACCACACGAUCAACUUUAACAUAUGAUGUAAAUUCUGUAUUAUAUAAAAUGUUUAGUAGAGAUUGUAAGCUACAAUCAUCGAGAAGAGAUCAGAAUGGCGCGUUCCUAAUUGAUCGCGAUCCCAAAUACUUUAGGGUGCUGCUCAAUCAUCUUAGAUCACCGACAUCGAAACAACUGAUAAUAGACGACGGUAUAUCGAUACAGGGUGUACUGCAAGAAGCACAAUUCUUUCAGAUUCACUCUCUCACCAAACUCAUCGAGAAGAUGUUAAACAACAAGUCUGACUUUACAAGAAAAGAGGUACUACUCAACAAAGGAAAUAUAAAAUUCAACAACAAGAGAAUUAUAGAAAUUGAUUUAUCAUCUAUUGAUUUCAUAAAAGAAGAUUUUAGUCAUAGUAUCAUUUCAAAGUGUGAUUUCGAAAGAUGUAGAAUUUCUUUUUCUACAUUCUUACAUGUAUGUAUGAAUGAAGAGAUUAGUAGAUUUAUAAAUGUAAUUGUAAAUGUAAUCAAUGUACUUUCAAAGUCGACGUUUGUCAAAGCUAAUCUCUCACACGCCAGUUUCAAUAACUGUCAUCUACACUCUACGAAUUUCACACAGGCAGCAUGUACAGGCUCGUUGUUUCAGCGUGCGAUCAUCACCAACGGUAUCUUUAAGAAUGCCAACCUCGAACAUGCCAAAUUUCAAAAGGCUGAUCUAACAGGUUGUGAUUUUACAGGUGCAAAUGCAGAUCUAAGAAAUGCAUUGUUGGAUUGGAAUACUCUUGGAACAUUGACCAAUGAGAAUGGUGGACAAAGUCUAUUCAAAAAGGCAAAACUAACUAGAAAGCAAUUCGAAUUGAUACCACAAGAUAUAAGAGCAUCAUUUGGUUUCAAAAUCAUUGAAGAUGGUAAAAACAUUACAUCUCAACUUUUACAUAGUAGUAGCAACAGUAAUAACAUCUUAAAUACACCAAAUAACAACAACAACAACAAUAAUAUUAACAACAAUAGUAUUAAUAACAAUACUAACAACAACAACAACAACAACAACAACAACAACAACAACAACAACAACAACAACAACAACAACAACAACAACAACAACAACAACUACAAUAGUACUAAUAAUUUAAAUAACUCUAUUAACAACAAUAACAACAACAAUAAUAACAAUAACAAUAUUUAA